CUUUCAUUAACAGUAGUUACUUUAGGGCUUUCAUUAAAAAUAGAUAUUUCAGGAUUUUCAUUAACAGUAAUUAUUUUGGGACCUUCAUUAACAGUAGUUAUUUUGGAACUUCCACUUUCACUAUGGGCAGAAUUGAUACUUUGUAUUUCUAGUUGUAAUAGAUACACUUGCCUGGCUUCUGCUACUGGUGUACUAUUAUCUAAUAAUGAAGCACUUGAAGUUACAAGCAAGAAUAAUGAAGCACUUGAAGUUACAAGUGAAAAUAACAAAGUACUUGGUAUUAUUAAGUCCAUUGGGCCUAGUUGGGCAUAUUUACAAAAUUCAAACCCAAUCCAAUAUUUAACAAGUCCAACCCAAAACCCGGCUCACAUAAUAAUGGGUUCAAAAACAUGA